AUGGCUGACAGCGUCAUCCUACGCGGCCAAGCCAUCCACGAUCAGGACAGUGAUUCUUCCGGCCUAUUGCAGGUUGGGACAUUUCAAAAUGCCCUACUGAAUCUUAUAGAGUCGCCGUCCGGUCGGUUCAUGCAACAGAACUGGCAGGAAUAUCUCGGUCGAAGUGUUGAUAGUGUUGUUAAUGUGGUUGGAAAUGCAAAGGAAGACACAAAGUUUCCACUAGACAGGCUCUCGAAAAUGGACAGAUAUGGGCAGACAGGGAACAAGACAUAUAAAAACAUCCUCGAUUCACUGCGUUUCUCGAUUGAUCUACAACCAAGAAAUCAGUUUGGCGGCCUCUGGUACUAUGUCUACCCCAACUGGAGCUAUCUCGACGGAAUGUUCUCUCUACUCUCCUUCUCACCAAUGUACGCUUCAACCUUUGACAUCGCCAACAGCACCUUAAUGAACCGCGAUCUCUUCAACCAGCUUGACCUCCUCUGGAGUCACUGCCGUGAUAAUCGUACGGGCCUGCUCGUCCACGGCUACGAUGCAUCAAGGACGGCGCCCUGGGCGAACCCAGUCACCGGCGCCAGUCCAAUCGUCUGGAUCCGUGCGCUUGGCUGGUUCAUGAUGGCAUUGGUUGACCUUUUCGAGCAUGAUCUGAUGGAUGCGCGGGUAUCGAUAUGGCGCACACGCUUUGUGGAUCUUGCCAACGCCCUUGUGGACGCCGUGGACUCAACUUCUGGCGCCUGGUGGCAGGUCAUGUCUGCGCCUGGGCAGGAAGGCAACUAUAUCGAGUCAAGUGGGUCUGCAAUGUUUGUCUAUGCUUUAUACAAGGGUGUGAGGGUUGGUAUUCUACCUGCGCCAGAAAAAGGCGGGGAGGCUUAUAUCGAAGUCGCGGAGAGGGCCUACAGCGAGCUUGUAAAGCGAUUCAUUGUUGAGAACGAGGACGGCACGCUUAGUUAUAAUGGAACCGUGGGUGUCUGCAGCUUGAACUCAACGGCGACGUAUGACUACUAUAUCCACCAACCGCUUGUCUACGACAGCGUCUUGGGCUCUGCGGCUUUUAUUCGCGCCAGUACAGAGCACGAGUUGCACCUUGAAGCUUCUUUGAAUCUCUGA